AUGGAUCCUUUAUCUGUCUCAGCGUCCGUUGUAGGACUUUUAGGUGCCGGCGCUAAGAUCACAUCGUGUCUUUGGACAUUCGCGACCAACGCCAGAGACGCCCCUCAACUUGCACGUCAUCUUGUCUUUGAAGUAGCAGAUAUCACAGCCGCACUUGGAUCGCUUCAGGCCUACGCUUGCGGACAGGCUCAAGCCCCCAGUGAACGAGGGGCUUUGAUUCUGCUGGAACAUGUCCUUACUACACUGACAGGAUGCGUUACUACCUUCUCUGAUCUCCAGAGCCUUAUGGACCAGCUGAAUCUGAGCCCUGAUAUGGGGACUAUUGAUAAGAUGAAAUGGGCUCGGCAAGAGUCCAAUAUCGCGGCUAUUGUGCAGCGUCUCCAGAAUCACAAGUCGUCGUUGACAUUGAUGUUGACCGUUUUGCAGUGCGAAACCAUGAAAGAAGCUCAAAGUUCAACUCGCCAUCUAUGCACCCUUGUUGAGGAAUUGCUGCAAAGCAACCACGAUCUUGCUAGUCGUAUCAGAGGGCUUGAGCGAGAGGGCUCAAUUAUUGCAGAGUCGAGGAGGGACGAUGUCUUUACCCUUCGACAGACAAGAGGCUCAAAGUCUGUUUCGUUCAUCGAUACGCAGGCUUCCGCCAUCAAAUUCACAUUCGACCAGGAUCUCCAGGCAUCUCGAAUGUACAACCGCGCCAUCGGUAGACAAUCUAUGACAUCUCUUACAAGCACGGCCUUGUACACGACUGCGUUGUCUCUUUUCUCUAACCUAAGCCUCUCUCAAGUGUCCAACAUCUCUUUCUACGCCUUGCCAGUUUACUCGAAUGAUUUGAGUAACAGCGACUGCUAUGUAUUUGGUGAGGAAGGCGCUCUGGUAAGGCCUGGUAGUUUUGAGGCUCCCAGGCCUUCUCCCUCACCGCGAAAGACGCAGAAUGGAGCAGAUGACAGCGCUCCACUAACGAACGAUUCUCAGACACCUUCACGGCUACUCGGACCCUUCGCGAGAAGACGUAAGAAACCAGUGGUGGGUGUACCAGAAAAUCUUGUCCAUGUUUCUCAGGUUAAAUUUGACGGCUCAACGGGGCACUUCACUGGUCUACCUAGAGAGUGGCAGAGGUUGAUUGAUGAGGUUGAUGCAUCGCAGUCAUCCGGUAGGGUUGACGUAGUGGAGUUUUAUAAGAAAACCACUUAA